ACAUCCGCUGUGUGUGCUCCUGGAUACAGAUCAGCUGCUGUGACUGUCGCCCCGGUUCAGGUGUCGUCUGCUUCGGUUUUUUCCCCCACCAUGCUCGGUAUAGACAAACUGCCCAUCGAGGAGACGCUGGAGGACAGUCCCCAGACUCGGUCUCUUCUGGGAGUUUUUGAGGAAGAUGCAGCCGCGAUCUCUAGUUACUGCAGUCAGCUGUAUAAUGCCAUGCGCAGGAUUUAUGAUGCUCAGAAUGAAUUAAGUGCAGCCACACAUCUGACGUCCAAGUUGUUGAAAGAAUAUGAAAAUCAGAGGUUUCCUCUUGGUGGUGAUGAUGAAGUGAUGACAUCAACAUUACAGCAGUUUUCAAAAGUGAUUGAUGAACUGAGUUCCUGUCAUGCAGUGUUGUCCACACAGCUGGCCGACGCCAUGAUGUUCCCCGUUAACCAGUUUAAAGAGAGGGAUUUAAAAGAGAUCUUGACUUUAAAAGAGAUAUUUCAAAUUGCCAGCAAUGAUCAUGAUGUAGCAAUCAACAGGUACAGUCGAUUGUCCAAGAGACGAGAAAAUGAGAAGACUAAAUUUGAAGCCACAGAAGACGUGUACACUGCCAGGAAGAAACAGCACCAGACGAUGAUGCAUUAUUUCUGCGCACUGAAUACCAUCCAGUACAAGAAGAAAAUUGCAAUAUUGGAACCUCUUUUAGGUUAUAUGCAGGCUCAGAUAAGUUUUUUCAAAAUGGGCUCUGAAAACCUUAAUGACCAGUUAGAAGAGUUCCUGUCCAACAUCUCAACUAGCGUGCAAAAUGUCCGCCGGGAGAUGGACAAUGAUGUGGAAAACAUGCAGCAGACCAUUCAGGACAUGGAAGUGGCCAGCGAACCUUUAUAUUUGCCAGAUCCAGACCCAAAGAAACUUCCCAUCAACCGCAAUUUAACCCGCAAAGCCGGCUACCUCAACAUCCGCAGUAAGACGGGGCUGGUGUCCUCAUCUUGGGAACGCCAGUAUUUCUUCACUCAGGGGGGUAAUCUCAUGAGCCAAGCCCGAGGCGAUGUAGCAGGCGGUCUAGUCAUGGAUAUCGACAACUGCUCUGUUAUGGCUGUGGACUCUGAAGAUCGGAGAUACUGCUUCCAGAUCACCUCCUUUAAUGGCAAAAAGUCUGUAAUUUUACAAGCAGAGAGCAAAAAGGACAGCGAAGAGUGGAUAAGUACAAUAAAUAACAUCUCUAAACGCAUCUAUCUAACGGAAAACCCAGAGGAAACUGCUGCGAGAGUAAACCAAAGUGCUCUGGAAGCAGUGACACCAUCUCCAUCUUUCCAGCAGAGACAUGAGAGCAUGAGGCCGGUGCCUCCACGCUCCAACCCUCGGACCACACGUACAAACAGCACCAGUUCGGUGGGCUCUGACUCCUCUGCUCUCGCAGCUCUCUCCCUGGACUCCAUUGUAGCUCCAGACACUCCCAUCCAGUUUGACAUCAUCUCCCCAGUUAGUGAAGACCAGUCUGGACAACCCAGAACGCCGGGGCAGUCUGGCAGGAGAACGAACCCUUUUGGGGAAUCAGGAGAAAAACCUGAAGAUUCAAUCCUCCACCAGCUAUUCAUUGUACGAUUUCUCGGAUCCAUGGAAGUAAGAACAGAUGAGAACACUGAAGUUGUGUAUGAAACAAUGCGCCAAAUCCUAGCUGCACGUGCAAUUCACAAUAUCUUUCGGAUGACCGAGUCCCACCUCCUCGUGACCUGUGACUGCUUGAAAUUGAUUGACCCCCAAACACAAGUUACACGAUUAAGGUUCCCAUUGCCAAACGUGGUUUUGUAUGCCACGCAUCAGGAAAACAAGCGGUUAUUUGGGUUUGUGCUGCGUACAGCGGGAGGUCAUUCAGAAGGUCGCCCUGUUUCCGUGUGCUAUAUUUUUGAGUCAAACAACGAGGGGGAAAAGAUUUGUGACUCGUGUGGCCUAGCUAAGCAGAUCGCACUCCACGCUGAGUUGGACCGAAGAGCCUCUGAGAAACAGAAGGAAAUCGAGAAAGUCAAAGAAAAGCAAGAAAAGGAAAUCAACAAACAGAAACAGAUAGAAAAGGACCUGGAGGAGCAGAGUCGCUUGAUUGCCGCUUCCAGUAGACCCAACCAGGGUAGCACAGAUGGACAGUUUGUGGUCCUCAACUCCAGCCAAUCGGAAGACAGCGAGCUCAGUGAAGACGGAAAAAAGAAAGAGUCCGAGGCGUGAGAGCAGAAACGAGCAGAGACUUAUCUGCAGUUGAUGCUAUGGCACAAUUAGCAUGUGAGACGGAGAGAUAUACAACACCAGAGCUCUUUUUUUAGUAUUGUUUUGAUUCUUCUGAAAGCCUUUUUAAUGAAUAUAUGCAGCCGUGCGUUAUUUUCCCUCGAAAUCCACAUUUUUGCCAUAGUUCUGUGACCUGUACCAGGACACGGGA